AUGGCUGUGAAAGGACUCGGCGAGAUUGACCAGCAAUACGACGGCUCUGGCUUGCGCAUUGGUAUUCUUCAUGCCAGAUGGAACUCCAAAAUCAUCGACAACCUUGUGAAAGGUGCCAUUGAAAGACUCAAGUCAUUGGGCGUCAAGGAAGACAACAUCGUCGUGGAGAGCGUGCCCGGCUCAUUUGAGUUGCCUUAUGGUACCAAGCUUUUCGUUGAAAAGCAAAAGAAGUUGGGCAAGCCUUUGGACGCCGUGAUCCCCAUUGGCGUGUUGAUCAAGGGCUCCACCAUGCACUUCGAAUACAUCUGCGACUCUGUGACGCACCAAUUGAUGAAACUCAACUUUGAGUUGGAUCUUCCAGUGAUUUUUGGCGUGUUGACGUGUCUCUCUGAAGACCAAGCUGAGGCCAGAGCCGGUCUUAUCGAGGGCAAGAUGCACAACCACGGGGAAGACUGGGGCGCUGCAGCCGUUGAGAUGUCUUUAAAGUUCAGAGUUUAG